AUGCCUACGGCGAAGGGUGGCAAGCGACAGAAGCAGAGCGACGCUUCCGCGGCCUCCUUUUCGGACGAAAACAAGUCCUGGCUCAAGCCAAAGAAGCGGAGCCUGUUUGAGGACGACGAGCCAGCGCCGAGGCAGCGGCCCGGUCCCAGCGCGGUGCGCAAGCGUGGCAGCGCGGCGCUGUCGCGGCCAUUGGCGCGCGGGCCUCGCAAGGGCGCAGCGGCCGCACCUGGCAAACGCCCACCCGCCGCCGAGGUGGUGGAGGAGAGCGAGGAGUCGGAUGACGACAGCGAGGAGGAUGUUGGCGACGAGUAUGAGGGUGCGGACAGCGUCGAGAUGGAGGCGGAGGCGGCGGAGCAGGCGUCGGAGCAGCGCGGCGCGGCGGCGAGCUUCACAAUGCCGACCGGUCCGCGCGAGGAGAUGCCUGACAUCGGCACGCUCAAGAGCCGCAUCGCGGACGUGGUCGACGUGCUCGGCGACUUUGCGUCCAAGCGGCAGGAGGGGGUCACGCGGGUGGAGUACGUGUCUCUGCUCGCCGAGGACCUGCAGCAGGCGCUCAUCUCUCGCAACGUGUCUCUCGACCCGAUCAGCAAGUGGUCCUCCGAGGGGCUGCAGAUCUACGAGUCUGCCGUGCCGAUUGGCGCGACGCCAGAGUAUCUCGCCGGCCACUACAUGAUCCAGUCCGCCUCCUCCUUCCUGCCCCGCGUGCUCGACAUGGCGUCGGCGCCGGGCGGAAAGACGUCGCACAUCGCCGCACGCAUGGGCAACUCCGGCACCCUCGUCGCAAACGACUUCAACAAGCAGGGCCUCCCCUCGUUCGCCUCCAACCUCGCGCGCCAGGGCGUCCGUUGCGCCAUCCUCCUCCACGCCGACGGGCGCGAGUUCCCGCGCCUCAUGGGCGGAUUCGACCGCGUGCUGCUCGACGCGCCGUGCACCGGGCUCGGCGUCAUCUCAAAGGACCCAGCAGUCAAGGCCGAGAAGGGCUUCACCGACGUGCAGCGCUGCCAGCAACUGCAGAAGGAGCUGCUGCUCGCCGCGAUCGACUCCCGUGCUGUCGGGGCGAUGUCUCUAGGCGGCGGCAUCGUCGUCUACUCGACGUGCUCCAUCGCUGUGGAGGAGAACGAGGCUGUCGUCGACUACGCGCUCGCGUCGCGCAACGUCAAGCUGGUCGACACCGGCCUCCCCUUCGGCGUCGAGGGGCUCACGCGCUACCGCUCCAAGCGCUUCCACGCCUCGCUCAAGCACGCGCGCCGCUUCUACCCGCACACGCACAACAUGGACGGCUUCUUUGUCGCCAAGCUGCGCAAGUUCUCGAACGACUUGCCGCCGGGCGCCCAGCAGCAGCCGCCGCCGAGCAAGGCGGCGAGCAAGAAGAAGCCGCCGCCGCCGAGCAAGAAGCGGCAAAAGUGA